AUGGAAAAAAUAGAGGUCAAGGCACCUGUGCCACAGACUGAAGAGAAGCAAUCAUCGGAGAGAGGUAACUCCAGCCAGGGAGAUGGAGUUGAAAUCCCAAGACAUACUAGUUUUGUCAACGUUAUGGUCCUGGUGACGGCUUGUCUUGGUGGCUUUCUCUAUGGUUUCGCUGCCAACGCGAUUUCUGGCACAGUUGCUCAGCCGACAUUCAUUGCCAAAUUUUUGACCAACUCUCAGGCUUUACAGCUCACAGAUGCAAUGCUUGGAGGAUUUCUAGGUGGUGCUAUGGUUGGCUCUCUCCUACAAGCCCCAAUAUCCAACAAGUUUGGGCGACGUAUUGCCAAUGCAGUGGCCGCGGGUAUUGUGAUUUUCGCUGCUGCUAUUUCAGCUGGAGCAGUCAACGUUGCUAUGUUUAUUGCAGGUCGUGUUCUUACCGGUGUCGGUGCAGGCAUGGUUCUCGCCAACUCUCCAGUUUACAUGAGUGAAGUUGCUCCUCCUCACAACCGCGGCAUGCUUGUUGGACUUCAAGGUGUUGGUAUCGUUACCGCGUAUAUAAUGGCUGCAGUUUGCGCCUUGGGAUUUAAUUUUGUCGAAGCCGAAUAUCAAUGGAGAUUGGUCUUCAUUGUACUCUGUGGAGUUGCUUGUCUUCUCCUAGUGUCUCUCUGGUAUCUGCCCGAAUCCCCAAGAUGGUUGAUGGAGAAAGGAAGAGAUGCAGAGGCCAAGCAAGUUUUGGAAUACUUGCACAAGACCAAAGAAGACCCUUAUAACACUUUAGCCCGUGCUGAAGCUGUUCAGAUCAGGGCUCAAGUCGAUACCGAGAGAUCUCUACCAAAAGGCUUCAUCUAUAUUUUCUCCACCCCGCAUCUCAGAAAACGCGCCUUUAUUUCGAUCAUUCUCUGGACUAUGGGUCAAGGUACUGGUAUCACUGCAAUUGCAAAUCUCAUCCCCACGUUUAUGGCAGGUCUCGGUUUUGGUACUGUUGUUCAAUUAGGGCUCGGUAUUGUCUGGUCGGUUUGCGCUGUUAUUGGAUGCGGUAUCAACGUUGUUCUUUUGGACCGUAUUGGAAGGCGAAAGCUUUUGAUCAUUGGUGGUUUCGGAAUGGCUGCUAUUCUUAGUACAAUGGCUGCAUUGGUCAAGUACUAUCUCGGUACACCUGCAGGCCCUGGUGUCAGAGCGCUUGUUGCUCUUUAUUUCAUUAUGGGUGCCUUCUUCACUUCGACGAUCGAAUGUACUUCCUACGUUUACGGCUCUGAAAUCUGGCCAACCCAUCUCCGCAGUGAAGGAUCCACCAUUACAUAUUUGAGUUUCUUCGGAAAUGCUAUCGCGUAUAGUGCUCCCGUCUCUGUUGGCUUAAACAACAUCGGAUGGAAGUUCUAUAUGAUUCUCAUUUGCGUGACUGUUGUCACUACCAUUAUGAUUGUCAUCUGGUUUCCAGAGACGAUGGGUUUGACAUUGGAGGAGAUCAACGUUACGUUUGGUGAAAAGGUCGAGUUGGAGCUCAAGGAUGCUCUGUACAACGAGACUGAAUCGACAACAUCAGAUCCUUCCAAGAAAGAAUCUGCUGCAUAA